AUGAAUUUCUUCGGGUUUCCUUUAACUUCAGUUGAAUUUCAUCCAUAUGAGGUAUCUACUGAUACACGGAAAGAGGCGGUGGUGAAAGACAGAUCGUUGAAAUGGAUAUUAAUCAAUAGUUUACCACUUUAUGAUCAAACAAAUGAGAUUCCAUCAUUCAACGGAUACAAAAAGAUAGUUCUUGAUCGUACACUUGAUUAUGCUAAACUGUUCAACGUCAGUAAAGUGCAUUUAGUAGUGACAGAAGUAAAGGAUGAUUCGGAUCGAUCAAGGAUCAUCGAUCUUGUACACCAAGCAGCUCAGUUCUUUCAACCACAUCGUAUUUUAUGCCUGAUUGAGCCACUUUCAACACGAUCGAACUACUAUUUACAAUCGUAUUCGACAGCAAUGAGUAUUGUUCAGUCAUCUAACAGCAAUAAUCUGAAAAUCAUGUUGGAUUCAUUCCAUCUUCAACGAUUACAUGGAAACUUACCUGAAAGAGUCAAAGAAUUAACUCCGUUCGUUGGACACGUUCAAAUUUCACAAACGCCAAACCGUGACUGUCCUAUGAGCGAAAAUGGUGAAGUUACUCAUCGAUAUUUUCUAUUUAACCUUAUUAUACUAUUCUAUCAAGAUUCCAUCGGUUUAGAAUAUAACUGUGACAAACCAAUGUGA